AGGGAGUAAAACAGGAAGCAUUGCUUCUUUCCUGUUGUGUCAUUAUAGGUUUGUGUGUCACAAUGAUUUCAUUAUAAGAAGCAUUAUGUGAGUGAGAAGUGGACAUUGUCACUUCUGAAUCUGUGGUUGUGGACUGAAUUAAGGUUUGCAUACUUGGCAUCUACAGUGACAAUGACGUGGACGGUGGGUCUCAGUAACCUGGUGUUAGCGGUCUACGGAUUCACGCUGGUCACAGGCCUUCCUGCCAACAUCUUGGCUUUUUACACCUUCUUCAAGAAGGUCCGCCAGCGCCCCACCCCGAUGGACGUGCUGUUACUAAGUUUAACCAUCUCUGACUUGAUCUUCCUCUUUUUCCUGCCAUUUCGCAUGGUGGAGGCGGCAAACAUGAAAUGGGCGCUGCCGUACUUCCUCUGCCCGCUGUCGGGAUUCAUCUUCUACUCCACCAUCUACAACAGCACCUUCCACCUGACGGCCAUCAGUGUGGAGCGAUACCUGGGUGUAGCUUUCCCCAUUAAAUACAAGCUGAAACGCAACCCUCGAAAUGCCGUGAUAGCCAGCGUCAUAUUCUGGGUGGUUUCCAUGGCGCACUGCAGCAUCGUCUACAUCAUGCAAUACCACAAUCAUUCGAACCCCAACUUCACUGAUCCAUCGAAGCGUAACACCUGUUAUGAAGACUUCAGCGCUGAACAGCUCAAGAUCCUCCUGCCGGUUCGUCUGGAGCUUUUUGCAGUGCUCUUCUUAAUGCCGUUCCUUAUCUGCUGCUUCUGCUACAUCCGAUUCAUCCACAUCCUCUCCAAUCUGCCCAACAUCAACGCCAAGAAGCGGUAUAGAGCCAUCGGGAUGGCGCUGGGCACGCUUCUGGUCUUCAUUGUCUGUUUCAUGCCCUACAACAUCUCACAUGUGGUUGGAUAUGUGAACAACGAAAGUCCCGACUGGCGGGUGUACGCUCUGCUCACCAGCACAUUUAACGCGUGCCUCGAUCCUUUCAUAUUCUACUUCUCAUCUUCAGCACUCAGAGGAACAUUUAAGAACGUGUUGCAGGAGUUGACAAGGCGGCUGCUCGUGCCCUGUUGCCGCUCAGCUCUCAACUGCCCUUUCUUGAACUGUUCGAGUACAGACGAGAAAACUCGACCGAGCAUGACUGACAGCUCCCUAUAACACCAUAAACUAUGAUGUAGAGUUUGCCUGAUAAAUGCAUGAAUAUGAGACUCAAUCUAUGAGGUAUCGACUGAAGAAGAGCACCAUAUGGGCCAGUAUUUUUCUGUAUUUUCUUCUGACUGCGAUGUGAGCACAUGCUGAUCAGUCCAAAGCAAUAAGAUUGUAAUUCUGUUGAGCCACUGUGGCAGCAGCUUAAUGGACCUGUAUAUGGACCACUAUAGAAUGCAUCAGUACCUGCCCAUUUUUUAUACUUCUGGAAGUAUUUUAUUUAUUCAUGUUUCUCAUAGUGAUUUUAAAAAAUGUUUUUGUUAAAACAUUAAGGGCCAGAUUUUCUAACAGCUUGCGGCAGCGCAAACCCUCUUUUGGCGUUAAAAAAAAAUACUGUCAGGAUUUACUAGGAUUUACACAGUGAAAAAUUAGCGCUGAAAAGGUGUGGACAGGGUUAUUUUUGCAGCUGACCUUAUUGCAUAUGCAUUUGUAGGAAUUUCCCUUUCAGACGCAAAAUUUAUGGGAGGAGAGUAUUUAAAUGAAUCAUGCAAUACGAUUUACUAAUGUUUGCGCUAGUCAAUUUACUGUUAUUUGCGCCAUUAUUUAACGCCCAAAAAAGCAUGGCUUAAACCAGACGCUAUUUGCGAUGCUCUUGGUAGAUUGCGCUGGUCAUUAUGGAAAUGAUCCAGCUGCGUCUGUGUCACACGCAGAACUUUCCUCUCCCAUCGGCGUUGGGAGAUCUUGCCCUGUUUAGUAAAUCUGGCUCUUAGUGUCAUGAAUCAAGCUACAAGGUGAAUCACAACUUUGAUUUGAUUUGAUUGGUGAUUUCAAAUAUGAAAUUUAACUGUAGGCUUGGCGAACAGUUUGGGAGAAUUUGAUGUAUCCCCAUUAAAAGAGAUAGGACCUGCUCUUGCAUGCCCGAGAGGCAUUUCAAAGAUGGCUGCCGAGUGAAAUGGCUUGUCUUAAAGGGACUUUGAUAUAAGUGCAAUGCAAAAUACUGCAAGCUCUUUUGGUGUAAUUUUCUGUAAUGCAUCAUGGGUAAUGUAGUUUUUCACCACCAAUGUAGCUGUUAUUUUAAAAAUACAUUGAAAUAAUGUGAACGGAUGGUUUCAACAAAAGCACACGCCACUGAUUAACAACCUUGUAUUUCACAGUAGGUCUGUCUUUAAAGGUUUAUUAGUUACUGUUUAAAAUCAAUUUCCCUAUGAAAAAAAUUAAUGUAACCUAUCUGUUGCACUCUGUUGACUUGAGUUUAUAACUUGUAUUAUAAUAUUACUUUUGCAUCUAUUGGGGUUCGAUGUGCCCUCAACUUGGACUUUCUGGUAAAGCCGGUUGAUCUUGGUCGUCUUCCUGGUGAAGCAGCCUAAAAUGGGCACCAUGUUUUUUUAAUGCACUGUCCGAUAUUGAUCCUAACACCAUGUCCUAACUAUACGUGAUGCGAUAAGAUUUAAGCACAAGCAUUUUGCAACAUCAAAUAUCACAGCCAAUCAGAAGAGCAUGUGGGCGGAGUCUCUGUAAGCUCAAAGCACUUGCUAUGAAAUGGAUAAGUAGCUAAUUCAUAAAUAUUAUACCAUUUUAACAUAAUUAAAAAUACAUGCCGAGUGACUGAUACAAUCUUUGUCAUUGAAUACAUUUGUUUGUUCACACAUAGUUCACACUUUGAAUGUGCUUGUUUCCUUAAUUUUAUUUUCAAGAUCUGAGGUAAAUUACCUCACUUCACUCACAUUAGAUCCUUUUAACAUUAAAUAAAGUAUGAGCUGAGAGUAUCAUUGUCAUGGUUACUGGUUAGGAUAAAAACUCUGAUUAACAUAGGCCUACAUUUUAUCGUGUGUUCGUGUGCACAUCGAGCCGCGUCUGGUUAGGACAUGGUGUAACGGAAAAUGCUCAAGCAGGUUGCCGUUGUAUAUUUUCCGUCAGGAUCAGUAUCAUUAUCAGGUAAAUACACCCUCUGGGGUAUGUGUUGUCUUUGAACAAUUUCUGAACUGGGCAUUCAAUGUGAAGUGUGAUUUGCGUGGCAUUAGCACCGAAUAAAAUAAUGAUAUUUUGAACACGGCCACGUCUUCCAUUGCAGCAGGUAGACCCGCCCCCAAGUUCACACCAUUGGCUGGGCCAAUGUUAUAACUUAUAUUGACCAAUCAGAAUGUAAGACAACUGUUUUAACAUUUCUCUUGAAAAUCAUUUUAAAAAUCGGAUCUGAAUAAACUUUCAAUGAAAAAGGUCAGUGAAAGCUAAUAAAAUACAUUUUAUUAACUUUUCUUCUGACAUUAUAUAAUUUAAGUAUUCUAAUAUUUUGCUUUUUUCCUCUACAAUUUUAUUGAUUUUUUUCUUUUUAUCGUCACACUUUGAAUGAUUGAAUGAAGAUUGAUUGAAUUGUUUUUGCAUGUAAAUAUUAAAAUGUGUGUUCUUUUUAAGAUUUUUUUUUUUAAAUAUAAGUUUAUAUUAGUGUUUUUUGCAUGUAAAUAUGUAAUCAUUAAGCUGUUCUUUAUUUGAUGCAAUAACUUAUAAGCUUAGAGCUGUGGCCUAGGCACUUUUUUCUGUUGUAGGAGACAGAAAGGUUAGAAAAUGCCUUCAUGUGUCAUUUCUAAUGAAUUAAAAUAUGCAACAAAAACUAAUAAUAAUAAAUAAACUUGCUUUCAACAAAUA